AUAACGUCGGAUGAUUGCUGAUACGAAAACAUUGAUCGAGGGGGGAGCGAGAUGGUGGACGUCGACCCGCGGGGUCGUCUCUUUCUCAUCUUCUUCUGUUUAUCAUUCUUGCUGUUGAGAAGAACGACAGUGAUUCGCUGAUCGAAGUGGUAUUGUGAUCGGAUCGAUGAGGCGAGCGGACCGAACGGUGAGCAUGACCCUGCGAGGAUCCAGAAGGGACUCGGAUGCCGUGCUGCUCAACUUUGGUCACAAGGAACAUCUCUUCAAGUUCCUCGUAAUCGGCGAUUACGGUGUCGGCAAAACUGCGCUGGUCAGAAGAUACACGGAAGGGAAGUUCUCCUCAAAUUACAAGAUUACCAUAGGCGCCGAUUUUGCGAUAAAAACGCUCGAUUGGGAUCCGCACACUAAAAUAAACUUGCAGCUAUGGGACAUCGCCGGUCACGAGAGAUUCGGAUACAUGACAAGAGUUUAUUAUAAAUAUGCAGUGGCUGCAGCUCUCGUGUUUGACAUCUCACGCGCGGCGACCUUUCAGUCGAUGAAGAAAUGGCUGAACGACCUAAGGGAGAAAGUUACGCUACCGGACGGUUCGAGCAUACCGGUGGUACUUUUGGCGAACAAAUGUGACAUAUCAGUCGCCGUAACUGAUGAGCAGAUUUCCAAGUUCUGCAGGGAAAAUAAGAUACACGCUUGGUACGCGACUUCCGCAAAGAACAACACCAACGUCGAUGCAGCUAUACGUUAUUUGGUAGAGAAGGUGUUGAGUGCAAAAAUUGAUAACGAUAUACACGAUUCGAUCCGAUUACAGCACAAGAGCCUAUCGAGUCGCGAAAAAUCUAUUUGCUGUAAAUAGAACGACGUAACUAAGUGUCGAUGACCAUCUUAAAAUUGUCGAGAAUACACAUCAAUGGGAUCAAGCGAGAUAUCAUCCAACACGAUGCUUGCAAAAUGAUCGUAUACAAUGAAACUGGAUGCGAAAAUAUCUUAUUGAAAUAUUUAUGUUAUUGUUAUUUUAAUAUAUUUGUCUUAUACGAUAAUUGUCGUUAUCAUUAUUGGUUUCACGCCAAUAACAGUGUUUAGUGAAAAGUUUUCUUUAUAAAUUUAUAUGUCACGUAAUAAAUCACGCGUAAAAAGACAA